UCUCUCUUUUGAAUAAAAACCCUAACGCGCACCGCGACCGUCUUUUCGCUCUCUCUUCGUAUACUUCAUAGCCGUGAGCUUUCCUUUUCUUCUCAGCCAUGGCGACGGCACCGGAAGAGAACAAGCGGGAAUCUUAUGAAGGAGGAGGAGGGGGUUAUGGGAAGUUUCCAAAACGGCCUUUUAGGAGGCACAAUGGGACGCCGUAUGAUCGCCCGCCGACCGCUAUUAGGAACCCUAGUUCUAGCAAUAGCAACGUUGGUGGAAGCAACCAUGGCUGGCUGUCCAGGUUGGUUGAUCCUGCGCAGAGACUUAUUGCCUCCAGCGCUCACCGCCUCUUCGGCUCUGUCUUCCGCAAGCGCCUCCCUCAACCUCCUGCCCCAGACCCGUUGCCUAUGGAGCCAGAGGCUAACCAGGAAACAAGGGACAGAGAUCAUGGGACUAUUUUUAGUGAUCAUUCGAAUGCGCCAGAUGGAGACAUCAAUGGAUGUGACUAUCCAAGUAACAGUUUAGAAAAAGAUGGAGUUAUUGAACUUGAGCAAAUUCUGAAGCAAAGGACUUUUACAAGAUCUGAAAUUGAUCGAUUGACUGGCCUACUUCGUUCAAGGACUGUUGGGGAAAACGAGAAAAGGUCUGAAGUUGGCCCUUCAAAUUUGGAUGUACCUCAUGGAAAGAAGGUGGAAUUCCCAAGUACUCCAGCGAAUGGAAAUAGAAUUGAGAGCAAUCUCAUUGGAACUCCUGUGGUCAAUUCUAGUGUCCUUGAUGAAGAUAUUGCUUCACCUGCAGAGGUUGCAAAAGCUUACAUGGACCGGAAGCCUUCUAAAGCAUCCCCAUCAAUGCUUAGUUGGCAAAAUGAACGAUUGAGGGAUGAUUCUUCCGCAUCACUUAAUCGAACAUUGCCUACCAAAGCCCCCAUAACUUCGCUUGUGAGUAGGUCUUCUACCCACGCUGGUGUUCAUGAAAAUGGUUUUGUGACGCCAAGAUCUCGAGGCAGGUCUGCAAUAUAUAAUAUGGCUCGGACACCAUAUUCUAGAGUCCACUCAACUGCUGCAUUCAAGGAUGUUGGGUUUAGUGUAGCAUCAUCCUCCUCCCAGGGGGCACGUGAUCAAAGUAUGGCUUCUGGAUCUAAACAAAGGGCUUUAAAGAGAAGGAGUUCAGUCUUGGACUAUGAUAUAGGUUCCAUAGGUCCUAUACGGAGAAUUCGCCAGAAACCAAGCCUUCUGUCCUCAAAAAAUUUGGGCAUGCCAGCUGCUGGAAGUACUCUUUCAAUCCGUGAGACAAAUGUUGGUUCUCAAGCUGCUCAAUCGUCAUCUCUGGUACAGAACCUGCUUCCUGCUGACAAAACAAACCAGAGCUUCAAAAAGAAGUUAUCAGGAAGUGAGGAUAAUAGAGUUCCCGAUAGUAGUUUCACCACUAUUCCCUCUAAGUCCAGUGAGAUGGCUUCAAAAAUACUUGAACAACUUGAUGUUUUGGUAACUUCGAGGGAUAAGUCACCUACUAAGUUGUCACCGUCCAUGCUACGUGGUCCUGCUCUUCGAAGCCUGGAGAAUGUAGAUUCAUCAAAGUUUUUGGAGAACGUUGAUGGUAAGAAGCUGGUUGGUUUACAUGACACCUCUUUACCCGGUGCUGGAGAGUGUAUUCGUCAAAAGGGCAAGGUUGAAGAAAAUGGCCCAUCAAAUGUUAUUGCUCCUUCUGAUAAGUUCGAUGCUAUAAUGAAUGGAAACGGUACUAAGGGGUUAAUCAAGGGUAAUGUUCCUAGUGUUAAAAGUGCGGUUUCUGCACUGAACAGAGUUGUCCAUCCCCAACCACAAAAGAAACAGGCUUUCCGGAUGAGUGCACAUGAGGAUUAUCUGGAUCUGGAUGAGGAUGACCAUCCUAAUGGAGCUGGAUCAUCUGCAACUGCUCAUGGGAGAGAGAAGUCAAUUAUUUCCGUUGCUGAAAGCAGGACUAUUAGAGCUGAGGCCCUAACUACGGAGAAGCCUCCAAUUGAUUCUGGGGGGAAGCCCUUUACGGCUUCUGUAUCAAAUGAGAACACUGAGAAAGGAUUUUCUAAUGGGACUGUAGUUGCUGAAAUGCCAGCCUUCCCAGCUGCGCCUUUGAGCAACAUGACUGGACAGGCAGCUUUGGGGUCCCCACAGUCCACUGUAGCAUCUGUUGAAACUGCUUUGCUUAAAGAAUCAAAGUGCGUUGAUUCCUUACAUGAUAUUGGAGAUAAAGUUCCUUCAGUAAAGGAACCAAAUGCCUCAUCUUCCCUAUUUAUGAAUGGCUCUGCUUUUCCAUCAGUUGUGAGUGGAUCGGCAGGCCUGACGUUUAAUGUCUCUCCAGAUGCAAGAUCGGAAAGCUCUAGCAGUUUUGCUUUUGUUGCUGCUGGAGUAUCUGAUUCUUGGCCAAAAGUGUCUGAUUUGGAGAAAGCUGAUGACGACAGCAGUACUUCGAAGCGUGGAGUAUCAUUCAGAGCACGAGAAACUUCACUUCCAUCAGCCGCAUCAACCUCAUCAUCCACCGCAGGCAUUGUCUCUGUUAGCAACCCUGCCAAUGGUGGAGGCCUUAACAAUGGAUCUGUUACGUUUACUCCUUCCUUCACAUCCCACAUUCAGUCUUCAGUCUCAGAUAAUGUUGCCAGUCAAUCCUUAUCUCCCAGCUUUACACCAUCCUUUGGUGGGUGGGCAAGUGCUGCUGAAACUACUACUGCUGCCACUGCUGGCAGCCUUUUCACCUCAGCCACAGCCUCUCCCUCUAUCUCUUCAUCAAUAUUUAAAUUCGGGUCUUCUACAGUAGCAUCAUCAACCUCGGUUUCAGUGGUAUCAUCAACAGCUGGUUUAGAAUUGGUGGAUGCCAAGACCAAAGGCACCAACUUCGGCAGUUCAGCUGGUGCUUCUGUUGGUACAUCUGCAACAACAAGCAGCACAGGAAAUGGCAUUUUUGGUGGUUCAUCUGCGGUAAUGACGAGUUCAGGUGGUAAUAUUUUUGGUGGUUCAUCUGCAGCUAUAACAAGCUCUGGAAGCAGCAUUUUUGGCAGUUCAUCUGCAGCAAUUACAAGCACAGCAGGCACAACUUUUGGCGGUUCAUCCUUGGCCAUCUCAAGCACAGGAAGUGGCAUUUUUGGUCUCUCAUCUCCUGCAAUGUCAAGCACAGGAAGCACCAUUUUUGGCUUUUCAUCUCCUGCUACGACAAGCAAUAUUUUUGGUGGUAUGUCUCCUAGUAUUAACACAAGCAGUAAUUUCUCCGGUGGUGUUUCUGCAAUUGAAAAUUCAGCAAAUAAUUUCCAUGGUUUUGGUGCUGCAGCCUCUUCUUUCGCUUCUACUAACCAGUCUGGAGGUUCUACUCCAUCUACUAUUGAUGGUGCAAUGGCCUCUGCUGGUGGGACUGGUAUUAUGACUUCAACUCAGAGUAUGCCCAGUCAGUUUAGUUCCUCUGCAUCAUCUCCAUCAAUUCAGUUAUCUGGGAAUUCAAACUUUUCUUCUGGAGCUUCUUUAUUUGGUUCGUCUUCUGGAGCCAAUCCAUUUAGCUCUGGUGCUAGUUUCGGAAUGAAUCCUCCAACUAUGUUAUCAGGGACUAAUUCUUUGAGCACCAGCAGUAGCACUGCUUCGAGCUUGUUUGGCUCCAACUGGCAAGUCCCCAAAUCUUCUAAUUUUGGCACGACAUUUAGUACUGCUUCAGCAUCCUCAACUGGGUUUGCCUUUGGAGGUUCCUCAACUACCAGUGCAUCUAUGGGCUUUGGAACAUCUGCUGGUUCCUCAUCAGGUUCAAUUUUCCCGUUUACUUCAGCUGGAGCAGCAUCUGUGCCAGCCCCUCCUUCGCAGCCUGUGUUUGGCAACAGUAAUACUGGCUUUGCAUUUGGUUCAUCUCCUGUUGUAAACAAUGAUCAGAUGACCAUGGAGGAUAGCAUGGCUGAGGACACAGUUCAAGCAACUUCAACAGCAGUUCCAAUAUUUGGUCAACAAACUGUUACACCUUCUUCGUCGCCCUUCAUGUUUGGUUCUGCAGCUCCAGCAGGGGCAAACCCAUUUCAAUUUGGUUCGCAACAAAAUCUGGCUGCACCUCAGAACAAUUCCCCAUUUCAGGCCUCUGGUAGUCUUGAUUUUAAUGCUGGAGGGAGCUUCUCAUUGGGCGCGGGUGGCGACAAGUCUAAUAGAAGAACUGUUAAAGUUUCCCGGAGCAAGAAUCGAAAGAAGUAGAAGCAUUAUCAUUGCUUGUAUUACUUGCCGGGGACCCUAGUAGUUUGCAACUGAUGGACAGUUAAAUUUAGUGCAAGGGCAUCGACAGCAAGGGCUCUGCUGGUUAACCCGAGACCUUCCGCGGUGGUGAAGGCUGAUUUGCUACUUCAACCGCUGGAAAUUCACGAGUUGUCAUUGCUCUUUCUGCAAAAUUUCUUGCUUGGAAAUUUUAAUGACCGUAACUGAAGGCAUAAGUUGUCGCAGUUUUGUAUGUCGUCUUAGAAAAUCUAAGAAUGGUUGUACUGUACUAGUAGUAAUUCAUAGGGUUUUAAAAUCGAGCAGGUGCUGUUGGGUCUUUGUGUAUUCAUUGUCAUGUAAACAUAGAAUUUGUUAUGAAUUUAAGAAAAUGUCUGUUAAUAUUUCACAGGUCUUUUCCUCCUGUUAUACUAGAA